GCAGAAAUUGAAGAAACCUUGAAGAGAUUGCAAAGCCAGAAAGGUGUCAUUGGUCUAAUUGUCAUCAACAGUGAAGGCAUUCCAGUGAGGACUACAAUGGACAAUGCAACAACAGUUCAAUAUGCUAGUCUGCUUCAUAGUUUGGUGGCUAAUGCUCGUAAUUGUGUUCGAGACACUGAUCCACAGAAUGAUUUAACCUUUCUCAGAGUCAGAUCAAAGAAACAUGAGAUCAUGAUUGCUCCAGAUAAAGAUUACAUGCUUAUUGUCAUUCAGAAUCCUAGUGAAUAA